AAUCAACAUAUAUUUUUGAUUUGAGUUUCUUUAAAGUAGCCACCCUUUGCCUUGAUGACAGCAUUGCACACGCUUGGGAUUCUCUCAAAUAGCUUCACCUGGAAAGUUUCCACAUAUGCUGAGCACUUGUUGGCUGUUUUUCUUCACUCUGCAGUCCAACUCAUCCCAAACCAUCUCAAUUGGGUUGAGGUCGGGUGAUUGUGGAGGCUAGGUCAUCUGAUGCAGUACUUCAUCAAAUCAAAUUUUAUUAGUCACAUGCGUCGAAUACAACCGAUGUAGACCUUAGAGUGAAAUGCUUACUUACGAGCCCCUAACCAACAAUGCAGUUUAAAAAAAAUAAGAAUAAAAAAUGAAAGCAACAAGUAAUUAAAGAGCAGCAGUAAAAGAACAAUAGCGAGACCAUAUACAGGGGGGUACCGGUACAGAGUCAAUGUGCGGGGGCACCGGUUAGUUGAGGUAAUACAGUUUAAGUCGGAAGUUUACAUACUUAGGCUGUAGUCAUUAAAACUAGUUUUUCAACCACUCCACAAAUUUCUUCUUUACAAACUAUAGUUUUGGCAAGUCGGUUAGGACAUCUACUUUGUGCAUGACACAAGUAAUUUUUCCAACAAUUGUUGACAGACAGAUUAUUUCACUUAUAAUUCACUCUAUCACAAUUCCAGUGGGUCAGAAGUUUACAUACACUAAGUUGACUGUGCCUUUAAACAGCUUGAAAAAUUGGCUUUAGAAGCUUCUGAUAGGCUAAUUGACAUCAUUUGAGUCAAUUGGAGGUGUACCUGUGGAUGUAUUAAGGCCUACCUUCAAACUUGACAUCAUGGGAAAAUCAAAAGAAAUCAGCCGAGAACUCAAAAAUAAAAUUGUAGACCUCCACAAGUCUGGUUCACCCUUGGGAGCAAUUUCCAAAUGCCUGAAGGUACCACGUUCAUCUGUACAAACAAUAGUACGCAGGUAUAAACACCAUGGGACCACGCAGCCGUCAUACCACUCAGGAAGGAAACGCGUUCUGUCUCCUAGAGAUGAACGUAUUUUGGUGCGAAAAGUGCAAAUCAAUCCCAGAACAACAGCAAAGGACCUUGUGAAGAUGCUGGAGGAUACGGGUACAACAGUAUCUAUAUCCACAGUAAAACAAGCCCUAUAUCGACAUAACCUGAAAGGCCGCUCAGCAAGGAAGAAGCCACUGCUCCAAAACCGCCAUAAAAAAGCCAGACUAUGGUUUGCAACUGCACAUGGAGACAAAGAUCGUACUUUUUGGAGAAAUGUCGUCUGGUCUGAUGAAAUAAAAAUAUAACUGUUUGGCCAUAAUGACCAUCGUUAUGUUUGGAGGAGAAAUGGGGAGGCUUGCAAGCCGACAAACACCAUCCCAACUGUGAAGCACGGGGGUGGCAGCAUCAUGUUGUGGGGGUGCUUUGCUGCAGGAGGGACUGGUGCACUUCACAAAAUAGAUGACAUCAUGAGGGAAGAAAAUGAUGUGGAUAUAUUGAAGCAACAUCUCAAGACAUCAGUCAUGAAGUUGUAGCUUGGUCGCAAAUGGGUCUUCCAAAUGGACAAUGACCCCAAGCAUACGUCCAAAAGGGCUUAAGAACAACAAAGUCAGGGUAUUGGAGUGGCCAUCACAAAGCCCUGACCUCAAUCCUAUGGAAAAUUUAUGGGCAGAACUGAAAAAGCUUGUGCGAUCAAGGAGGCCUACAAAUCUGACUCAGUUGCACCAGCUCUGUCAGGAGGAAUGGGCCAAAAUUCACCCAACUUAUUGUGGGAAGCUUGUGGAAGGCUACCCGAAACGUUUGACACAAUUUUAAACAAUUUAAAGGCAAUGCUAUCAAAUACUAAUUGAGUGUAUGUAAUUUUCUGACCCACUGGGAUUGUGAUGAAAGAAAUAAAAGCUGAAAUAAAUCAUUCUCUCUACAAUUAUUCUGACUUUUCACAUUCUUAAAAUAAAGUGGUGAUCCUAACUGCCAGGGAAUUUUUACUACGAUUAAAUGUCAGGAAUUGUGAAACUGAGUUUAAAUGUAUUUGGCUAAGGUGUAUGUAAACUUCCGACUUCAACUGUAUAUACAUGUAGGUAGAGGUAUUAAAGUGACUUCGCAUAGAUGAUAACAACAGAGAGUAGCAGCGGCGUAAAAGGGCGAAGGGGGGGCAAUGCAAAUAGUCUGGGUAGCCAUUUCAUUAGAUUUUCAGGAGUCUUAUGGCUUGGAAGUUAAAAAAACUGUUUAGAAGCCUCUUGGACCUAGACUUGGCGCUCCGGUACCGCUUGCCAUGCGGUAGCAGAGAGAACAGUCUAUGACUAGGGUGGCUGGAGUCUGACAAUUUUUAGGGCCUUCCUACAAUUUUUUAGGGCCUUCCUCUAUACCUCCUGGUAUAGAGGUCGUGGAUGGCAGGAAGCUUUGUGCCAGUGAUGUACUGGGCUGUACGCACUACCCUCUGUAGUGCCUUGCGGUUGGAGGCCAAGUGGUUGCCAUACCAGACAGUGAUGCAACAAGUCAGGAUGCUCUCGAUGGUGCAGCUGUAGAACCUUUUGAGGAUCUGAGGACCCAUGCGAAAACUUUUCAGUCUCCUGAGGGGGAAUAGGUUUUGUCGUGCCCUAUUCAUCACUCUCCUUCUUGGUCAAAUAGCCCAUACACAGCCUGGAGGUGUGUUGUAGAGGUCGACCGAUUAUGAUUUUUCAACGCCGAUACCGAUACCAAUUAUUGGAGGACCAAAAAAAGCCGAUACCGAUUAAAUCGGCCUAUUUUUGAAAAUGUAUUUGUAAUAAUGACAAUUACAACAAUACUGAAUGAACAAUUAUUUUAACUUAAUAUAAUACAUCAAUAAAAUCAAUUUAGCCUCAAAUAAAUAAUGAAACAUGUUCAAUUUGGUUGAAAUAAUGCAAAAACAAAGUGUUGGAGAAGAAAGUAAAAGAGCAAUAUGUGCCAUGUAAGAAAGCUAACGUUUAAGUUCCUUGCUCAGAACAUGAGAACAUAUGAAAGCUGGUGGUUCCUUUUAACAUGAGUCUUCAAUAUUCCUAGGUAAGAAGUGUUAGGUUGUAGUUAUUAUAGAAAUUAUAGGACUAUUUCUCUCUAUACCAUUUGGAAUUCAUAUACCUUUGACUAUUGGAUGUUCUUUUCGGCACUUUAGUAUUGCCAGUGUAACAGUAUAGCUUCCAUCCCUUUCCUCGCUGCUACCUGGGCUCGAACCAGAAACACAUCGACAACAGCCACCCUCGAAGCAGCGUUACCCAUGCAGAGCAAGGGGAACAACAACUCCAAGUCUCAGAGCGAGUGAUUAUUAGCGCGCACCCCGCUAACUAGCUAGCCAUUUCACAUUGGUUACACCAGCCUAAUCUCGGGAGUUGAUAGGCUUGAAGUCAUAAACAGCGCAAUGCUUGAAGCAUUGUGAAGAGCUGCUGGCAAAACGCACGAAAGUGCUGUUUGAAUGAAAGCUUACGAGCCUGCUGGUGCCUACCACUGCUCAGUCAGACUGCUCUAUCAAAUCAUAGACUUAAUUAUAACAUAAUAACACAGAAAUACGAGCCGUAGAUCAUUAAUAUGGUUGAUUCCGGAAACUAUCAUCUCGAAAACAAAAUGUUUAUUCUUUCAGUGAAAUACGGAACCGUUCUGUAUUUUAUCUAACGGGUGGCAUCCAUAAGUCUAAAUAUUCCUGUUACAUUGCACAACCUUCAAUGUUAUGUCAUAAUCACGUAAAAUUCAGGCAAAUUAGUUCGUAAUGAGCCAGGCGGCCCAAACUGUUGCAUAUACCCUGACUCUGCGUGCAAUGAACGCAGGAGAAGUGUUAAUAUUGCCUACUAACCUGGAUUUCUUUUAGCUAAAUAUGCAGGUUUAAAAAAUAUAUACUUCUGUGUAUUGAUAUUAAGAAAGGCAUUGAUGUUUAUGGUUAGGUACACGUUGGAGCAACGACAGUCCUUUUUCGCGAAUGCGCACUGCAUCGAUUAUAUGGAACGCAGGACACGCUAGAUAAACUAGUAAUAUCAUCAACCAUGUGUAGUUAUAACUAGUGAUUAUGAUUGAUUGAUUGUUUUUUAUAAGAAAAGUUUAAUGCUAGCGAGCAACUUACCUUGGCUUCUUACUGCAUUUGUGUAACAGGCGGGCUCCUCGUGAGGCAGGUGGUUAGAGCGUUGGACUAGGUAACCGUAAGGUUGCAAGAUUGAAUACCGGAGCUGACAAGACGCGCUCCCUGCUCGGUGUGUUUGAGGAGGAUGCAGCUGCUAUAUCUAAAUACUCCCAGCAGCUCUUCCAGGCCAUGCACAGAAUCUACGAUGCACAGAAUGAGUUGAGCGCUGCCACCCAUCUCACCUCCAAGCUUCUGAAGGAGUAUGAGAAACAGCGUUUCCCUCUUUGCUGCGACGAUGAGGUCAUGAGCUCCACUCUGCAGCAGUUUGCCAAAGUCAUAGACGAGCUGAGUUCCUGUCAUGCAGUGCUGUCCACUCAGCUGGCUGACGCCAUGAUGUUUCCCAUCACUCAGUUUAAGGAGAGGGACUUAAAAGAGAUCCUGACCCUGAAGGAAGUGUUCCAGAUAGCCAGCGAUGAUCACGACAUGGCCAUCAACAGAUACAGCCGUCUCUCUAAACGGAGGGACAAUGAGAAGGUGAAGGGUGAGGUGAUGGAGGAUGUGUACACCUCCAGGAAGAAGCAGCACCAGACCAUGAUGCACUACUUCACAGCCCUCAACACGCUACAGUACAAGAAGAAGAUGUCCCUGCUGGAGCCACUGCUGGGAUACAUGCAAGCACAGAUCAGCUUCUUCAAGCUGGGAUCAGAGAACCUCACCCAGCAGUGGGAGGACUUCCUCACCGACAUAGGAACCAGUGUUCAGAAUGUCCGCAGGGAGAUGGCCGGGGAGGUAGAUGUGAUGCAACAGACCAUCCAGGAUAUGGAGCAGGCCAAUGACCUCCUCUACAUGCCCGACCCAGACCCCAGCCUGGUUCCUGUCAACCGCAACCUCACACGCAAGGCCGGCUACCUCAACACUCGCAAUAAAACGGGCUUAGUGUCUUCAUCCUGGGAGCGGCAGUACUUCUUCACCCAGGGAGGGAACCUGAUGAGCCAGGCGCGGGGGGACGUGGCGGGGGGUCUUGUCAUGGAUAUAGACAACUGCUCCGUCAUGGCCGUGGACUGUGAGGACCGACGCUUCUGCUUCCAGAUCACAUCCUUCGACGGCAAGAAAGUGGCCAUCUUGCAGGCAGAGAGCAGGAAGGAUUGUGAAGAGUGGAUUGCAACGAUUAACAACAUCUCAAAGAGGAUAUAUCUCAGUGAGAACCCAGAGGAAAUCGCAGCCAGAGUGAACCAAUCAGCUCUUGAGGCUGUGACACCGUCUCCCUCAUUCCAGCAGAGGCAUGAGAGUAUGCGGCCGAGCACACAAGGGCGGCCACCGGCAGCGCGGGCCAGCAGUGUGAGCUCGGCAGGCUCUGAGACGGCCUCCCCGGCCCUCUCCGUCCUCUCCUUGGACGCCCUGGUGGCUCCAAACACGCCGAUCCAGUUUGACAUCAUCUCUCCAGUCAGCGAGGAGGACGCAGGACAGGCGAAGGCUGUCGGACUGGGAAGAAGGACCAAUCCUUUUGGUGAAUCAGGAGGCACACCAGCUGAGGAGAGUGAAGGCUCUAUCCUGCACCAGCUGUUCAUUGCGCAUUUCCUGGGCUGUAUGGAGGUGAAAAAUGCGGACAGCUCUGACGUCAUCUAUGAGACCAUGAGACAGAUCCUAGCAGCCAGAGCCAUACACAACAUCUUCAGGAUGACGGAGUCUCACCUGCUGGUCACCUGCGAAUGCCUCAAGCUAAUCGAUCCUCAGACACAAAUCACACGGCUGAGGUUCCCUAUCUCCAGCGUGGUGUUGUGUGCUGCCCACCAGGAAAACAAGCGUCUGUUUGGAUUUGUUCUGCAGACAGCAGAAGGCAGGGUGGACGGACGACCAAUCAUUGUCUGCUACAUCUUUGAGUCCAACAAUGAUGGGGAAAAGAUCUGUGACAGUGUGGGGCUGGCCAAACAGAUAGCUUUCCACUCGGAGAUGGAUCGCAAAGCCACGGAGAAGAAGAAGGAGCAGGACAAGGCCAAGGAGAAACAGCAGGAGGAGCUGAGUAAACAGAAACAGAUAGAAAAGGACCUAGAGGAACAGAGCCGUUUGAUUGCCGCCUUCAGUCGCCCCACCCCCCUUGCCGCUGGCACUGACGGACAGUUCCUGGUGCUGAGCAACAGCCAGUCAGAGGACAGCGAUGCAGGAGUGGAGGGGCGGGAGAAGGGUGAGUCAGAGGCCUAACAGAAUGGAACCGAGAGAUGUUACUGUUGCCUUUCACUGAAUACUACUUUGGAUGACCAAACCACUGGAAGUCAGUCAUUUCCAAUGGAGGGAGGCAGCUUGAAGAGGUGACUUGAGGAGACCUUGAGAAAUGCAACUGUUGGGGACGAUUUCACCAAGUUGAGCCAAAGUUAAACUUUUACACAAAUCAACGAUGCAACUGCUGGCUUUGAUCCUCUGCUGGAUAGGCUAACCCCCCCACCAAUGUGCUUUUCAGAAGAAACGCCCACGAGAGACAUAGCCUUGUCCCAGAUCUGUUUGUGCUUUCGCCUACUCCAUUGUCAUUGUCGAACCAAACAAUGGCAUGACAAUUCCAUAAGGAGUUGGCAAGAGAGCAGAAACAGACUGGCACCCAGGCUACAAGGGACAGGCUUGACUAUGUGUUACCACAAAGUAGUAUCCCAUGAAAACAGACAGUUAGAGGUGGACUCGGUUCCUCUCCAGAGCCCCACCUUGGCUCCUCAACCCUGGGCCUGCACAGAUACAGCCUCUCUCUGGGUUCACCUCUGGCUCCUACUGUUGGUCAAUGAAGGAACAGGAUUCAGAGUGCAGAGAGACUUGAUCAAUAAAGGGCCCAAAAAAAUACUUCAUAACAUUAAAAGAAAAAUAGAAAAAAAAGACCCCACUAGCUAAGAAAAGAAGAGUAGAAAAAGAACCGUGUGACUGAACAAUCAAAAGAAUCCUUCCGGAUCAUUCUACACCUUGUGUAAAUGAUCAUGUAUUUUAUACUCGCAAUUAUAUAGAAGUAUACUGGCAGAAAAUAUGGAAGAAUAAAAAAUAAUGCUUUUCUGGUUUUGUUUAUUUGGAAAUUCAGGUGCACUUCUGACUGAAUACUAUGGCUUUCUAAAAGUUAGAGAUUGUAGAGUGUAUUAAUAUGGUUGGAAGACAUUGCACAUGUUAAUACUGUAAUAAUAGAUUUCUGUAUUGUUUGUGUAAACAGUAUACAUAUUGUCUAAUUUAAGCAAUAAGGUCUGAAGGGGUGGGGUAUAUGGCCAAUAUACCAUGACUAAGGGCUGUUCUUAUGCACGAAGCAACACCAAGUGCCUGGAUACAGUUCCUUAGUCGUAGUAUACGGCCAAUACACCACAACCCCCCCCCCCCCCCCCCCCCCCCCCCAAGGUGCCUUAUUGCUAUUAUAAACUAUUUACCGACAUAAUUAUAGCAGUAAAACGUGUUUUGUCAAACCCGCGGUAUGCGGUCUGAUAUACCAUGGCUGUCAGCCAAUCAGAAUUCAUAGCUCGAAGCACCCAGUUUAUAAUGCACAGUGCUGUGAAAAAGUACUUGCCCCCUUUAUGAUUUUUUCUGUUUUUGCAUAUUUUUGAUACUGAAUGUUAUCAGAUCUUCAACCAAAACCUAAUAUUAGAUAAAGGGAACCUGAGUUUACAAAUAACAAAAAAAAGUCAUACUUAUUUUAUUUAUUUAGUUAACAAAGUUAUGCAACACCCAAUUCCCCAUUUCCCCCUUACACUGGUUAAUAACUGGUUGUGCCACCGUUUAGCUGCAAUGACUGCAACCAAAUACUUCCUGUAGUUGUUGAUCAGUCUCUCACAUCGCUGUGGAGGAAUUUAGGCCCAAUGUUAACUCAGCAACAUUUGUGGGUUUUCAUGCAUGAACUGCUUGUUUCAAGUCCUGCCACGACAUCUCAAUUGGGAUUAGGUCUGGACUUUGAGGUCAUUCCAAAACGUCAAAUGUAUUGCUUUUUAGCCAUGUUCAUGUAGACUUGUUUUGGAUCAUUGUCUUGCUGCAUGACCCAGCUGCGCUUCUGCUUCAACUGACAGACGGGUGGCCUGACGUUCUCCUGUAGAAUCAUGGUUCCUUCUAUUAAGGCAAGUCGUCCAGGUCCUGAGGCAGCAAAGCAUCCCCAAACCAUCACACUACCACCACCAUGCUUGAUCGUUGGUAUGAGGUUCUUACUGUUGAAUGCAGUGUUUGGUUUUCGCCAGACAUAAUAGGACCCAUCUCAUCCAAAAGGUUGACUCAAGUUUGUCAAAAAGCACCUGGAAGCACCUGGAUGAUCAUCAAGACUCUUUGAAGAAUGAUUUAUGGACAGAUGAGCCAAAAGAAUGAUUUUUUUGGAUGGCAUUGAACCCAUUAUGCCUGGUGAAAACCUAACACUGCAUUAUGCCGUAAGAACCUUUGUUCUUGGUGGAGGUGUGAUGGUUUGGGGAUGCUUUGCUGCCUCAGGACCUUGUCUACACUCAGCCUCUCGUCGUUAGCUAACAGGUUUGCAUGUGCUUUGGAUCCUAUCAUGAAGAUAAAUAAUUGUCACAUACAUCCUUGUCAGUUCUUUUUUUCCCAUAACAUUAUUACUACCAUUUCAAUUAACCAUGUUUUGUUUCAAGAUGAGGAUGUUGAUCUUGUACCCCUAACACCAAUAGUGGUAUGCUCAUAAAUUAAUAAAUGUAUUGCUAUACCUUCUUCCUGAGGUGUCAAUGUAUUCAUCUGCUAGGUUGAAGCAAGAACAAUACUGCAUUACAAAGUGCUAAAUUAGGGCCGUGGCUAUAAGGUGUUUUUUUGUGUAUAUUUUUUUUUUUUACACGUUAUGUACAUUAAUCUGUAAUGUAUUGGAAGGGUUUGUAUGUUUCUCAGAUCAUUUCUGUAUAAAGAAGUGCACUACAUAUGUAUGCUAUGUAUGGGACAUUUUUACAGAGGUGUUCGUCAACCUUUACCCAUUGCCCAGAUGUAAAUUUGUUCUGAGCUCUGACAGCAAAUUUGAUCAGCGCAUAUAGAGAAAUGUAUCAACUCAUAGAGAGUGCAACUAUCCUAUCAACAAAGUGAAAUUGAUUCGGGUUUAUAUAAAUAGAACUGAUAUCCCAGAAGGGUUGAGAAUAUUUCUUAUUUCGAUUUUAGGGAAAGGUUUUGGGAGUGGUAAACUGGGUUAUACCUAGACGUUACUAUGGGGGACUGCACUUUAGUAGUUUAUGCAGUGGGGGAUAUGAACGUAUUUAAUGUAUAUACUUCAGUGAUUACUGUUUCAGUGUCCUAAAAUAGCUUUUCAACAAUAAAUAUACACUAAUUCAA